AGGACCUGGUGGCCAAGGUCAGCGACUUCGGCCUGGCCAAAGCCGAGAGGAAGGGACUGGACUCCAGCCGGCUGCCAGUCAAGUGGACGGCACCCGAGGCUCUCAAACACGGGGUGGGGGCGAGGAGGCACCAUGUUCCUGAGCCCGGGAGAGGGGCCGGCGGCUGAGGGCGGGGGGCCGGGGCCAGGGGAGGAGACCCCCAAGAAGAAGCACCGGAGGAACCGCACGACCUUCACCACCUAUCAGCUGCACCAGCUGGAGCGGGCAUUCGAGGCCUCCCACUACCCGGACGUUUACAGCCGCGAGGAGCUGGCAGCCAAGGUGCACCUGCCCGAGGUGCGCGUGCAGGUGUGGUUCCAGAACCGUCGGGCCAAGUGGCGCCGCCAGGAGCGUCUGGAGUCAGGUUCCGGGACCGUGGCAGCCCCAAGGCUCCCUGAGGCCCCAGCACUGCCCUUUGCCCGCUCUCCUGCCAUGCCACUGCCCCUGGAGCCCUGGCUGGGCCCUGCGCCCCCCGCCGUGCCAGGCCUCCCGUGCCUCCUGGGCCCGGGCCCGGGGCUGCAGGGGUCCUUCGGGCCCCAUGCCUUUGGUCCAGCCUUCACAGACAGCUUCACCCUGGAGGAAGCAUCCCUGCGGCUGCUGGCCAAGGAGCACGCGCAGGCUCUGGACAGGGCCUGGCCGUCAGCCUGAGCCUGGUGCCUGCCCAGCCCUCCCACCUCAGCCUGUCUGUGGCCACCCACAUUGGGUCCCCCACCCCACCAUCACCUCCUUCCCCUGCCUUGCAGGGGAACUGGCACACAGUCUCAGGAAGAAGGUGGCCAAAGGAUUCCCAGGCCAGGGGUGCAUUCCUGGCCUGGCCUCAGGGAGUCUGUGCCCUUGUGGGGCCUCAGUCUCCCCAUCUGUCAAAUGAGUGAGGGUGGCGUGGAUUCUGAGGUUCUUAGACUGUAAGGCUGCAAUCAGAAGCCACUAGGAUGUUAAUUCUGUGAGCUGAUGAAACUAAAUCCCUCUGCCUGCUCCUAAUCUUCCAACAGCCGAGCCACCCUGACUCUCAGAGCCUCGCUCCGAGAAACGCCAGCAGUAGCAGCUCCUGUUCAACCCGCCUCCUUUCACUGUGUGCUCCCAGUGUGCCCAGAGCUUUACCCCAUGACGGGGCGCGGCCAUCAGCCCCAUCUUGCAGCAGAGGAAAUUGAGGCCCAGAGAGGUGAAGCCAGUUUCCUGGGGCCACACAGCCAGGACAGGGUGGAGCUGCUCUCAAACUCGUUGCCUGACUCCAUUGCCCCAGGCGCCAUGCUGGACCCAGGCCAGGUGCUAAUCGGGGACUCAGGUAGCGGCAGGCUGACGCUGGGUGAAUACUGUCUGUCCCUGCUCUCCCCAUUUAUCGAAGUACGGCUUAUGUGCCUACUGACCAUUGCCCCCUUCAUGUCUCCCAGCCCACUGAUGGUGGGUUGGGGCCCUGGUCCAACCCAACCGUGUCUCCCCAGGGAUCAUGAAGGCAUGAUGGCCACUCUCCCAGGCCUGAGCUGGACGCCGGAAUAAGGCUGUUGGGGAACAAGGAAUGGGGUAUUACUGGUGCCUAGGGCUGGCAGUGAGAUGGGGCAGCCCAGGUCAGGACAGGAAGGGGGCGUGGACAGGGCAGCACUCCACCUUCUCCAGGCUCUGUCCACAGAGUGACCACAGGCCCUGGGAGGUUCCAAGAAUUUCACACCUGGGUCACCUGCCCACUGGGGCUCACAGCUCAUCCCGAACUUCCGAUGGCACCUCACACGUGAACCCGUGAACCCAUGAACCCGUGAGCCUGGCAGCCCCUGAGGCAGCCAGGUCACCCCCUCCGCCCAGCCAUUUAUCCACCCAUCCAGUAUGCAGUGGGGAUGCGACCGGGAACAAGGCAGAGAAAACCCCUGCCCUAAUGGAGCUGCCACUCCAGGAGAGACAAGAAGCAUGAUUUUAAAAGUAAACAAGUAAAACAUGGAACGCCUGCUGGUGUAAGUGCUGGGGGGCAAAUAAAACCAGGAGGGGCUGCCAGGAGUGUGUGGCAGGGUUGCAGUUUAAAAGGGUAGUCAGGGGAGGCCUCACGAAGGUGACAUCAGAGCAGAGACCUGGAGAUGAAAAGAGGGAGCCAUGGGAGCACCUGAGGGAAGAGCUACCCAGGCGAAGGGCACAGCACAUGCAAAGGCCCUGGGGCAGCACCGUGCCUGGCAUGUUGGGAGAAGAGCGAGGAGGCCUAUGGCCAUUACAACUUUGGUUUCUACCCUGAGAGCCAUGGGGAACCACAGGAGGGUUGGGACACUCCGCCUGCCCAGAGCAGGCCACCGGGAGGGCAGGUGUGCGGUAAUCCGCCUGGCAGAGUCCUCCUAAGCGGAUGAAAGCUCUCAUUUUCCUAGGACCAGGCAGAACUAGCCCCAGGGACCCUGCCCUCCCCCAUCUGUCCAGCUCUUGGACAGAGGGGCCUGGAGGGUGAAGGAGCCCUAGUCCAGCCCCUACGCAGGUGCCUACCAAGGAGACGGCACGGCAUGGGGGUGGGGCCCUGGCACCGUGUCUGUGUGUCCUCUAGCUUCCUCCAAUGGUCAGCACCAGUGACGGUGGACAGGAGGAUGGUGGGUAAACCCAGGUCCCUCGGCUCAAGAGAUUGGCCAGUGAAGAUAACCCCUGUGACUUCGGUGUGAAGGGAAGGGCAGCCCCUUCCCUCUGGCUGGGCUUGCUGCGCUGGGUAGGAAGUUUCAGCCAGGGGUUCUGGAACCACCUCUGCCCAGGGGAACUAUCCACUUUAAAAGGACCUAGAAGUGGAGAGAGCCACACCACUGAAUACUGAAGCAACUGGAUCCAGCUAUGCCUGAAGCCAGAACCUACCCCUGGACAUUUCAGCUUUUGAAGCUCACAAAGAUUCUUUUCUGCUCUGGAUGACUUGGUUCAGGUGUGAGUACACUGCAGCCAAGAGAGGCUUGGCAGAAAAGCCUGCCCUCGAGGACAGAGAUCAGAGCCUCCUGGGCAGUGCUGGAAUUUGAAGAAUCAGGGUGAGAAGCCCAGUGAGGACCGGAGAUAAAGAUGAACCUGCAGAAGCCCAGCUGAUCACUGGGGGUGGAGGCUGGGCCAUGGAACCACUGGGUCUGAAGUGCUCCCCUACCCGCUGCCCGCCCCAGGUCCCUCCUGGCCCCAGUGUCAGACAAUACCCAGAAGCAUCCCAGGCCUGCGAACAGUCGCCCUGAAGUCUUUAUUGGC